AUGGAGGACAGUUUCAACCCUACAUCAUCAGCAUCUACCUUCACUCUUCAGAGUUCUUCAGAGACAAUGGUUUCUAUUCAGCUCCUUGAUUUCAGAACAAGUUUACUUGAAGUACUAGAAGAGCUGCGUAUGAGAAGGGAAGCAGAGACUCAAUAUGAAGAACAGAUUGCUAAAAUUAUUCUGGAAACACAAGAACUGAAAUGGCAAAAGGAGACUCUUCAGAAUCAAAAGGAAGCAUUAAUAAAGCAACACAAAGAAGCAAUGGGAGUUUUUAAGAAUCAGCUGCAGAUGAAGAUGUAUGCCUUGGAAGAAGAAAAGGGAAAAUACAAACUUGCUACAGAAAUCAAAGAAAAAGAAAUAGAAGGAUUGAAGGAAACAUUAAAAACAUUGCAGGUUUCUCAAUAUUCUUUACAGAAGAAAGUGAGUGAAAUGGAACAAAAGGCUCAUUUACACCAUAUAGCUAAAGAAGAUUAUCACAAGCAACUUAAUGAAAUUGAAAAAUACUAUGCUGCAAUAACAAAUCAGUUUGGAUUGGUGAGAGAGAAUCAUGUAAAGUUAGAACAAAAUGUACAAGAAGCAAUACAGUUAAACAAAAGACUCUCCACCUUAAAUGAAAAACAAGAAUCUGAAAUUCACAAUUUAAAGAAGGAACUAAAGAAAGCAGCUUCAGAGUUGAUUAAGUCCAAGGUCACAUGUCAGCAUAAGAUGGAGGAAGAAAGUAUAGAUCUAAUAAUUAAAGAACAAAAAUAUGAAGAACUCCAAGAAAGACUCAGCAUGGAAUUAGAAUUAAAUAAGAAAAUUAAUGAAGAGAUUACCCACAUUCAAGAAGAAAAGCAGGAUAUCAUCAUUUCUUUUCAACAUAUGCAACAAUUACUUCAGCAAGAAACUCAAGCUAAUACUGAAAUCAAUGCAGAAUUGAAGGUGUUAAGAGAGAAUAAUCAGACCCUUGAAAGAGAUAAUGAGCUGCAAAGGGAGAAGGUAAAAGAAAAUGAAGAAAAGUUCCUUCAUCUUGAGAAGGAGCAUGAGAGAGCACUAGGAACUUGGAAGAAACAUGUUGAAGAGCUUAGUGGAGAAAUGAAUGGGAUUAAAAAUGAGUUGUCAUCACUUAAGGAAACUCAUGUUAAGUUGCAAGAGCAUUAUAACAAAUUAUGUGAACAGAAAAAAAAUGAGGAAUAUAAGAAGUUUCAGAAUGUUCCAGAACUAAAUAAUGAAAAUAGUAUUGAACUAUCCAGUACAAAAUCAGAAAAUACCAUCACACAAAAGUACAAUUCUGGUCCAGAAAUAUGGGGAAAAAAUACAAAGAGUUUUUGUUUGGAUACUGAAUACAGAGAAAAAGAGGAAAAGAAAGACCUACCUGUAGGAAGAACUGCAGAAGAUUUACAGCCUUUUGAAAUAAGUGCCAAAAGUGAAAUUAAUACUAUGGUGUCUCAGGACAGAAACCAAAGUGGAAUGUCCCCACACAGAGUCCUUUGCCUAGAUAAAGAUGCAACUGAUCAAGAACAAACCUCAAAUGUUACUGACAGUAGAAAAUCAAUCACUGUAGAAGUAAAAGACAAGCUGUGCUUGGAAAAAGCCAGUGGAUGUUCAGAAUUUAAAUCACGAAAUAAUUUCUUUUUAGUGGUAGAUGAAUCACUAGAAACAGAAAUGAUAUGCUUAGAAGGAACUGAAGGAUUAGGCCUUCUCCACAGUGGUGGAGAUAUACCUCUGGACACUCGAAGUAACAAAGCAUCCUCUAAUGGCAUGUCAAUUGAGAUGGCUCACAAAAGAAACUAUAACACAGAUGGUUCCGAAAGCAACCCAUUCAAACAGCAAUCUAAAUUGCUUCCAGCAGAUCUGGAAAACGCUACAGAGAAGGAAAUUACAAAUCAUGUUAGUAAUGUUAUGUUAGAUGUUAAGUACCAAAAAAUAAAACAAACGUUAAGAGAAGAGAGUCAGUGCAGCACAGAGCCCUGUUCUUGUUAUCAGCUAGCCAGUAAGGCUCCCCAGCAGCCUGGAGGAACCAUUGCCUGUGCUGCAGUAAUCAGCCCACGUGGUCCAUCUGCUAGCUCUGGUAAUAAUUUGACAGUACUUAAGAAAUCAGAAAACAGUAUUAAUAUUGUGCCAGCAGCGGCGAAACCUGCCCCAAGCCCUGUAGAAAGAACUACAAGGAUAAAUACAAAUGACAUACAGAACAGUUCACUUAAGAACCAUUUGGGAGCUUCAGGAAGCAGUGUGAGCAUCUCAGACUUUCAGGUUAACCAAGGAGACAGUCAUACUUCACAAGCCAAAGAUUUGAAAACUGUAGCUCCCCUGACAACUUCCUCAGAAAAACAGCUUCCCAGUGAGAAUCAGACAGCUGAAACUCCAAAAUGUGGUCUCUUUUCCUUGGUGGAUGUUAAGGGAAGACAGUGCAUGUUGCUGAAUAAUAGAGAGAAAGCAGAGACAUUGAACGGCAUCCUGCCAGGAGGAACAUGCCGUGAAGGUCAACUGGAAGAAGCACAUUUGUCUCCUGUAACUCCAUCUACAGACUCAGUAAGCACAAGUGCAAGGUCGGCCUUUGAUCUUCCAGAUAAACCCGAGAAAACUCCAGGCUACAUGAAGUUUGUACCCCCUAGUCCUUGGCCAAAAGUAAAUCAAACUAAAGCCGUGAGCACUGUAACGUCCAGCAUCCCUUUAUUUCUGAAGGAGAAACCAGUAGAUCCGUCAGAAAGCCAAGUGAUUACUCCAGUGACUUUUUGUAAGAAUGUUGGUCUGGAUGACACUAGAAAAAACAUUGAGCCAGAUCCUACUAGCAAUAGCAGAGUUGCUGACACCGUGAGUAACUGGAGCAUCCAUCUAGAUCCCAAGGGACAGCCCAGUGAAGAGAGGAAUGCAACUGCACAGACGGUUUAUGAUUCUUCUUUUCCCACAGAACACGUGAAAGCAGAGCCUUUGAUCUCAACUGUGCAGCAAAGCCAUUUCCAGACAAUCAAGGUUACAGACUCUCCUGACCCACUUACCUUUUCUCCUGGUAACAAUGACUGGCAGAGCCUUGUGAUGAACAGACUAACUGAAAUUGAAAAGUUACUCAGCUUAGAAAGAGACAACCAGCCCAAAAGAAGAAAAGUAGAAGAGAUGCUGGACAACGUAAUUGAUUAA